AUGUCCGUCGGUCAAAAUCAGGCCUGGCUGCCCCCAGGCCACCUUCGACCACCAGACGACCACCAGUCAGAUGCACGCGGUGUCAAUGGAGUCUCGAGAUUUUCUUCUGGUGCUCGAACGCCUCAAAUGCGACUAGUUUCCACAAGUGAGCAUGGUUCCCAGGCCGGAAAUCUGAUAUCCGACGCCGAAGCCGCCGCGGAGGAAGACCCUCGCAUUACACUUUUUCGGGAUCUCUACAAUCGCAGCGAAUCCAAGAUAAAUGCGCUAUUCAGCACCAAUGGAGAUGUAUCUGCGCCUUCUGUGGCCGAUGCCAUGGAAAUGGAGGCGCCGGAAGCUGCCCCGGCGCGUUCUGAGAACCUUGAGCGGCCUCCUAAGAAAGCUGCGCGGAAGAUUGACGACGAUGACUACGACGAGUAUGACGACGAUGAAGGAAGCGAGGAGCAAGAUGAAACCAACGCAUCUCCUUUGAAAGCGAAAUCCGCCAUUGCUGCUGUUCGUGAUGCAUCGCCUGCUCAACGGCCGACAACCGCCACGAACACCCCCAUCGAAGGUGCCAAAGAACCAAAGAAGGAUACGUUAGAGGGAAUACGAAAGAAACUGGAGGAGGGUAAAAAGGCGACUGAAGAAGCUGCGCGUCGAAGUUUCCAGACGAUGUUCUACACUUUGGAAAAUGAUCACGACGCAAUGAAAGAGCAAGAACGACUUGAAGAAUCGGAAAGAUUGGUAGAAGCUGAAAUGUCAGGUCAGGGUGUCAACAGCUCCGGGGCCAAUGCAAAUGCUAGCACGAAUGGCUACGGUUCGUUGAGCAACGCGAACCUCGGCGCGUCCAGUUUGACUCUGAAGAAUCUUAUUGCUCGCAUUGAUAUGAAACGUACAAUGGUUCAGGCGUCUGAUGCGGAACUUCGUAGCUUGAUGAGUGAAGUUCGCAAGAACCGGAGCAAGUGGGCAAACGAGGACAAGGUCGGGCAGGAGGAACUCUAUGAAGCAGCAGAGAAGGUUUUGAGCGAGUUGAAGGCAAUGACUGAGCACUCGUCAUUUUUUCUAUCAAGAGUUAAUAAACGUGAGGCUCCGGAUUACUAUACUAUUAUCAAACAUCCUAUGGAUUUGGGAAGUAUGACAAAAAAGCUGAAGACUCUACAGUACAAGUCAAAGCAAGAAUUUGUCGAUGACCUCAAUUUGAUUUGGGCCAAUUGUUUGAAAUACAACGCAGCCCCGGAGCAUUUUCUACGCAAACAUGCAUUGUACAUGAGAAAAGAAACCGAGAAGCUUGUUCCUUUGAUCCCCGAUAUUACCAUUAGGGACCGUGCGGAGGUGGAAGCAGAAGAACGACGACUCCAGUUGGCUGAAAUGGAUGGUGCAGAAGAAAGUGAUGAUGAGCCUAUCAUGUCCUCAAGGGGUAGAAAGGCACCUGGAAAAUCAUCUAUGAAAGGAACUGCCCCAAGUCGGCAGACUCCAACUGGCUCUGAAGGCCCCUCGGGGCUCAGUGGUUCGCAACCGAAAAAUUCAGUAGGUCCAGAUGCGGACUUGCCAGCAGAAGGAAGUCAAAAUGGCCUCUCGACUCCGCCACCAGGGACACUUACACCACUCGGCGCAAACGGGAUCGGGGUAGCUGGCUCUGGCAGUCAAGUUGACUCUAUGGACAUUGAAGGCUUCCCCCCUGUCAACUCAGUUACAGGUGGCUUGUCUGCAAUAGGGUUCGAUUAUGACGACCCUGAGUAUCAAGUAUGGAAACAGGUCACCAAGAAAGACAGAGCUCUGAUUGCAGCGGAGAGACACAAGCUUUUCAAGGGAGAUAAACUGAAUGCCGAUGAACCAGCUUUGCUUCGUACAAAAACAGGAAUGCAACGAUGGUUGAAAAAUCAGAAACAGGCGGGCCCCGAGUCUGAUAAAACCGCCGAGUCCAAUACGGAAACCUCUCAAGCAGGACUUGCCGAAGGCAUUGAAGAAGAGGAAGAAGAUAAAGUUAUUCCUGACUAUUACGAUGUCAUGUCAGGUAUUCCAGACAUCCCCCCGCAUUUGGUAUGGCAGGAGGAUUCUCAAGGUAACGUUGUCGAUAACUCCGAGGAGUUCUUGCACAUUCUUCCUAAAGGCUCCUUUACUCAACCUGAUAGCAAAUUGUCGAAGAGAAUGGAUGCCAAUAUGCGACAGAUGCAGGAAACUCGGAAAAUUUGCUCCAAGGUCGGCAUCGUGAAACAAAUGCAAAUUCAAAGUCAAAUGUAUCAAAACCAAUUUCAAAAGUAUCAACCUGAGCCAUUCAUCGAACAAGAUGUGUCGACACAUGUCAUGAAUGAUGAUGGUCCCGUGAUUAGUCCUUGGGUUUCGAAAGCAGCCCUCCAACGAUCGGUUGCAAAAGUGCUGUAUCAUACGGGAUUUGAGGAAUACCAACCAUCUGCUCUUGAUGCUGUUACCGAUAUUGCCUCUGAAUUUUUCACGAAGAUCUGUGAAACCCUGAAAGGGUACAUGGAAAGUCCAAAAAUUCCAAUUCAUGACGCCGCGGAGGUGACCACUUCGAGCGCUACACAGUACAAAAUGCCCUACACUCAACAAGAAAUGAUUUUACAUACGCUCUCGCUGAUGGGGACUGAUGUAGAAUCUCUUGAAUCAUAUGUGAAGGAUGAUAUUGAGCGUCUUGGAACUAAACUUGGUGUCAUCCAUGAUCGUAUGCGAGCUCACUUUACCGAACUGCUUCGCCCUGCUCUCCACGAUACUGGCGGUGAUGGUUCUCACGCAUUCAAUGAUGGCAGCGAGCAAUUUGUAGGAGGGGAUUUUGCUGAGGAUAUUGACGAGGACUUCUUUGGCUUCAAGGAAAUGGGUUUGGAUAAAGAAUUUGGUCUUGCAAGCCUAAGUGUUCCGUUUCAUCUUCUUCAAAAUCGCAUGUUCAAUGCGCAUCAGUCGCAGAACACAAGUACUUCGCAAACUACAAAUACUCUUUUCCCACCACCUGUUCCAUAUCCACGUGUUACAGUUGACUCGUUGCAAUCUCAUAUCGGCUUGGUACGGAAUUUCUUCAUGCAGAAAUUGCAGGCCCAUGGAGAUGAGCCUCUAGUAGAGGAUCUCGAAUUACCGUUGAAACAACGCCCUUCACGGCCAAAGCUCCCAGCAUCAGGAAAGAUCAUACCACCAAAUAACACGUCUAUCCAUAUAAGUCCUCAGAAGCGUCCUCUCCCACCCUCACUAGCACAAGCAUCCAGUAAAGCUGGCGGUACUUCAGAACCGAGCAAGAAGAAGGCCAAAAAGAACAACGGCACCAAUGCCGAUGCUUCUUCAUCCAUGGGACCCCCUGGUGGUGGUGAUUUGUUUGGUACUUCAACCACCGAUGGAAAGUCGUCAAUGGACGGCAAAGCUGCCGAUAAAUCAAAUGCAAAUCCAAUUGCUGGCAACGACACAGACGCUACGGUUAAUGGAGGUCAUACAGGGGUUUCUGAUCUCGGCGGAGAGGGCAGUAGUGUUUUGCCUGGUGAUGUUGAUUCACAGCAGAAUAAAGCCAAUGGUGUGGCCAUGUCGACUUCAAACGCAGAGAAUUCUGGAAACCAAGGCGCCGGCAUGAUGAGUCCUGAGAGCAUUAAUGGCCAAGCUUAA